CCAGUAGUCUACUCCACGUGGUUUGAAACAAACACAGUUUUCUCUCUCUAAAAACUCUCACUUUCAGUGUCUUCCUCUCUUUUUCUCUCUCUCUAUGCUUAUAUAUAUAAGCUUAAUCAAGACUAAGGAAGCAAUGAUAGUUUCAGCUUUGAAUUGAAAGCCUCAGACUUUAACUUUAGAGAGAGAAAAGGUGAAAAUCAGUCUGCCCCUCUAAAACAGGAUUUUCUUUUUCCAGAAUACAUUCUAUCUCCUUUAUUGGGUCAUAAAUCCUCUAUUCAAGGAAUCCAGACCAUAUAGGUCGCCACAAACCUUUUUCCUCCUCGAAUGGGAAUUUCUUAUUCCUGCCUGUUUGCUAAAUACAGUGAUUUGGAGAAGGCCCUAGAAUUUGUUACUGUGAAAUCUAUUUGCUUUGGAGAUGAUAAAGCGAAAACGUCUGUGCAAUCAGCUAAUUUUGGUAGUCAAGAUUUGGAGACCAAUAUACUGAAAUCUUUGGGUUCUGUGAAGAUGUUGGUGGAAAGAUCUGUUAGCUUUAAUGGGGAAGAAUUGGAAAAUAGGAUGCCUACUAAAGAUCCUUCGUUGGACCAAAAAAAGGAUCCUGCAGUUAUGUCAGUUAAUACAAAUAGCAAAGUGAAGGAUGAUCAGCCACAAAACUCGGAUAUUGACGUAGGAACAGUCCAAAAAUUGCCAAUUUUUGAUCCCGCCAAUCCCAAACACCAAGCUGCUGUAAAAUUGCAGAAAGUGUACAAAAGCUUCAGAACCAGGAGAAAGCUUGCUGAUUGUGCAGUUCUUGUUGAGCAGAGCUGGUGGAAACUUUUAGAUUUUGCUGAACUCAAGCACAGUUCUAUAUCUUUCUUUGAUAUUGAGAAACAUGAAACUGCUAUUUCACGUUGGUCACGAGCAAGAACAAGGGCUGCCAAGGUUGGGAAAGGUUUAUCAAAAAAUGACAAAGCCCAAAAGCUUGCUUUACAGCAUUGGCUUGAAGCGAUUGAUCCGCGGCAUCGAUAUGGGCAUAACCUACACUUCUAUUAUGUAAAAUGGCUUCAUUCUAAGAGUAGAGAACCUUUCUUUUACUGGCUAGAUAUAGGAGAAGGCAAGGAAGUAAAUAUUAUUGAAAAAUGCCCUCGAUCAAAACUUCAACAACAGUGCAUCAAGUAUCUUGGUCCGAUGGAAAGGAAGGCCUAUGAAGUUGUUGUGGAGGAUGGGAAGUUCAUUUACAAGCAGACAGGAAAGCUCCUUCACACCACUGCAGAUGCCAAGUGGAUUUUUGUCCUCAGUACAUCUAAGACCUUGUAUGUUGGCAAGAAAAAGAAAGGUACAUUCCAGCAUUCUAGCUUCUUGGCUGGAGGAGUCACAACCGCUGCUGGUAGAUUAAUCGUUGAAAGCGGCAUUCUUAAGGCAGUUUGGCCUCACAGUGGACAUUAUCGGCCUACAGAAGAAAAUUUUAGGGAUUUUCUUUCAUUUCUCCGAGAAAACAAUGUGGAUCUCACUGAUGUAAAGACAUAUCCAGUGGAUGAGGAAGAAGGCUUGCUUGAUAAGCUAAGAAGCAUUAGACAUAUUAGAAGCCACUCAUCUGAAGAGGACUUGAUCCAAACUGUAAAUGACCUAGAGAUUGAAGAAAUCAAUGCUGAAAACCUGAUGCCAGAGAGCAGUGAUUUAAUGCAAGAUGAGACUUCUCUGGCAUUGGAAGAACAGAAGCCAGGACUGCUCCACAACUUCAGUAGGAAGUUGACCAAUCUUGAAAUACCAAAGAGGGAUGAAUUGUUUGACUAUUUAGAGAGUGGAAAUCCAACUGCUGGACCAAGCAGCAAGAAUGUGUCUGCAGACCCACUGGUAAAAGAUGGUUAUGAAUCUGCAGAUGAAAGGUUCAGGUUCACUACAGAACAGGGUGACAAGUUUCCAAAGAAAAAGUUUGACGAAGAUGAACAUAAUGAAGUAGAAGAAAUUCCAAAAGAAGCAAUCCUUCAAAGGAUUAAUUCAAAGAAGGGAACGAAGUCAUUUCAGCUGGGUGGACAGUUGUCCUGCAAAUGGACAACUGGAGCAGGGCCACGCAUAGGCUGUGUUAGGGAUUAUCCCUCGGGGCUCCAAUUCCGAGCUUUGGAACAAGUGAACUUGUCUCCAACAAGAAGGAUUGCCCACUCGAAAAGUAUAAGUGCGUUCAACCAAAAGGUGUCCACACCAACUGGGUUUGGUGGAGAAGCAGUUGCGACCAUUGAUCCACCAGUGGUUGACAAGGUGAAUGCAAUGUACAGAAGCCUUGCUCACUCUAGAACACAGUCCUUCAAUUGUGGGAAGGACAUCAAUAUGACAGCAGUAGAUAAUGUGCCAUUAGUGAGAAUUAGUUUCUAACUUAUUCUUCUUUUGUGAAUAGAAAAGAUGAUAUAGGGAUUCAUUAUCAUUCUUUUUCUUUUCUACCAUGUUAAAAUCAUUUUAUACAUAUAUUUAUUUUCUUGUUCAUUCUUCUUGUACAAUAUGAGAUGAAACUUGUAAAAUCUUGUGGGGUUUUGAGCCCCCUUAAUACAAAAGAAGAUAUUCUUUCA